AAAGGACUGGCAUAACAAAAGGAAUGAAAAAAAACAAACCCACAAAAAUGAGGAAAAUUGGGAAUGAGCCUGGAAAAUUUAUGGGGUUUAUUCCAGGGAUGAGUUUUGCCUGUUUUGCCCUUUUCCUUGGAUCCAAUGGAGAGAGGAAAAUGAAGGAAUUUUUGGUGUCUCGGUGAUUCCCGAUGAUCCAAACCCAAAUUCCCAGUUUUUGGGGGGGAUAGAAUGAGGGAUUUUCCCUGGAAUUUGGGAUCCCAGAGCCUUGGAUGAGGAUUUUUGGGAAUGGGGGUGGGGAGAAUUCCAGGCUGUGUCCCAAAAAAAACCCCGGGAUUUUUGCAUCCAGAGGGGUUUGGAUCACCGGACACCCCAAAAUUCCAAUCCUGGGAGCGAGGUCGGAGCCAAAAUUCCUCCUUUUUUUUGGGGAUAGAGCUUCCCCUCCCCCUCUUCCCAAAAAUCCUCAUCCAAGGCUCCGCUUUCCCCGGGAUCCCGAAUUCCAGGGAUCAGCCCGGAGCGUUGUUUUCCCUUCGUUCCGUCCCAAAAACCCGAAGGAAUUUUGGCUGGAAUUCGGGGAUGACAGCGACCCCCCCCCCCCCCCCCCCAAAUCCCAUUUUUAUUUCGGGAUAGGACGUUCUUCCCCUCCCCCCCCUUCCCAAAAAUCGUCGUCCGAGGGGAGAGCAGCGCUCCGGGAGUUCCCGGGGUUAUCCCUGGAAUUCGGGAUCCCGGGAAAAGCGGAGCCUUGGAUGAGGAUUUUUGGGAAUGGGGGAGGAGAAUUCCAGGUUGUAUCCCAAAAUUCCAACCCCGGGAUUUGCGCAUCCAGAGGAGUUUGGAUCACCGGCCACCCCAAAAUUCCAAGCCUGGGAGCAAGAUCGGAAGGAAAAUUCCUUCGGUUUUUUGGGGAUAAUUCCCCCCACCCCCAAUUCCCCAUCCGAGGGGAGAGCAGCGCUCCGGGAGUUCCGGGGUUAUCCCUGGAAUUCGGGAUCCCGGGAAAAGCGGAGCCUCGGCUCGCUCCUUAUCAGCGCGGAGCCCAAACAAUUCCCUCUGCUCUCGGCUCAGCGGCUCCUGCCGGCACAAACAAUUCCCAAAAAUCCGCCGGGACCGCUCAUCCCGACCCCUGGCACCCCGGAAAUGACGGGGGCGCGCUCAGGGGCGCCCUUGGAAUUCCAAAGAGGGGGUGGGAGUGGGGAUGGGGGGGGAUGAGCCGGGCUCGUUCCCAGCGGGAUAUAAACCCAGGCUGAGGCGCUGGGAACCGCAGGGAAUUCCCGGGAUGCGCUCCCAAAUCCUUUUCCUGCUGCCGGCGCUGCUCUGCCCCGCGGCCGCGGCGCCUCCCUGGGAUCCGGCAUGGAGCGAUCCCGGCCCCCGGGGCUGGCGGGACGAGCCGCCGCAUUCCCGGGCGCAGCUCCCGGUGGAAGUGCAGUGCCAGGAGGCGCAGCUGGUGGUGACGGUGCACCGGGACCUGUUCGGCACCGGCCGCUUGGUCAGCGCCGCCGAGCUCAGCCUGGGCCCCGCCGCCUGCAAGCAUUCCCGCCUGGAUCCGUCCCGAAAAACCGUCACCUUCAGCGCCGGGCUGCACGAGUGCGGCAGCACCGUCCAGGUCACUCCGGAUUCCCUGAUUUACCGGACGCUCCUGAGCUACGAUCCCAGCCCCGGCAGCAACCCGGCCAUCGUGCGCAGCGACCCGGCCGUCAUUCCCAUUGAGUGCCACUAUCCCAGGCGGGAUAACGUCUCCAGCGGCUCCAUCCGUCCCACCUGGUCUCCCUUCAACUCGGCCCUGGCCUCCCAGGAGAAGCUCCUCUUCUCCCUGCGCCUCAUGAACGAGGACUGGAGCUCGGAGCGGGAUCUCUCGGCCUUCCGCCUGGGGGACGUGCUGAACAUCCAGGCCGAGGUGGGCGCCCACAGCCACGUCCCACUGCGGCUCUUCGUCGACUCCUGCGUGGCCUCGCUGGGCCCCGGCGCGGGCAACGAGCCCCACUACGCCAUCAUCGACUUCAACGGCUGCCUGGUGGACGGGCGCUCCGAUGCCACCAGCUCGGCCUUUGUCACCCCCCGCCCGCGGCAGGACAUGCUGCGCUUCCAGAUCGACGCCUUCCGCUUCGCCGGUGACCCCCGCAGCCUGAUCUACAUCACGUGUCACCUGAAGGUGACACCGGCCGAGCAGAGCCCGGACGCGCUCAACAAGGCCUGUUCCUUCAGCAAGGCGCGCAACACCUGGGCACCCGUGGAGGGGACAAGGGACAUCUGCAGCUGCUGCGAGCUGGGCAACUGCGGCCAGCGCGGCCUGAGGGCAGCGGAGCCCUGGAGCGGCCACCGCUACCGGAGACACGACGGGGACGGUGCCACCUCCGAAGCUGACGUUGUCAUCGGUCCCGUGCUGCUCUCGAGUGCCCAGCAUGGCCAGCGCCCUGAGGGCCACCAGGGCGCGGUGGCGCCGCUGGCCGUGGGGACAGCGCUGGCCUGUGCGGUGGCCGGCGUGGCCGUGGCCGGAGCCGCGCUGGCCAUCAGCCUCAGGCGCCGGAAUUCCCCGUGAACCCGGAAUGACCGACGGGAAUCCCAAAAAAAUCCUGGAAUGACCGAUGGGAAUCCCAAGAAAUCCCACAAGGACUGACGGAAUUCCCAAGAAAUCCCACAAGGACUGACGGAAUUCCCAAGAAAUCCCACAAGGACCAAUGGAAAUCCCAAUAAAUCCCGGAAGGACC